ACUUUACAUUCUAUGCCUACUGUCUAGUCAUCACUAAACGAAUAUAUUCCUAAUUUAUUUCUCUCUCCGCUCAUUAUUAGUCUUCUUCAAUCUUGUAUUGAAUCUUGUGGGGGUCAUGUCCGAUCUUGCGAAAGACGCAUGGCGGAAGUAUCUGAUUCAGCUUCAAGCUCACCCUUUACGAACCAAGGCGAUCACUGCUGGGGUUUUGGCUGGGUGCAGUGAUGCCAUAGCUCAGAAGAUCUCUGGAGUUAAACGGAUUCAGUUCCGGAGAUUGCUUCUCCUUAUGUUGUAUGGGUUAGCUUAUGGAGGACCAUUUGGUCACUUCUUUCACAAAUUGAUGGAUGCCAUUUUCAAAGGGAAGAAGGGCAAUUCUACUGUCGCCAGAAAGGUUUUGUUGGAACAACUUACAUCCUCUCCUUGGAACAAUUUUCUUUUCAUGUCUUACUAUGGUUUAGUAGUUGAAGGGAGGCCAUGGAAGCUAGUCAAGCAAAAAGUUGGGAAAGAUUUCCCUACAAUCCAGUUAACAGCAUGGAAGUUCUGGCCAGUUGUGGGAUGGGUUAAUUAUCAGUAUGUUCCUUUGCAAUUUCGUGUCUUGUUCAGCAGCUUUGUCGCCUCUUGCUGGAGCAUUUUUCUGAACCUUAAAGCCCGAUCUCCGGCGAUCAAGAACGCCUAGAGAACUCUAUGUGGAAGAAUCAAGAAUGAAUCUCAAUUUUUCUUUAAAUGUACAAAAACUCCAAGAAUUGAAUCUCAAGUUAAAGCUUAGAGAUGCACUGUUUGUUGAAUUGAUCAAAUUUGGUCACUGUCUGUGUUGUUUGGGUCCAUUAUACCAAUAAUAAUUCAAAUUCAAUGCAAUUUUUAAAAAUUUCA